UAAGCUUUCAGCCGCUUUGGCAAGUGUGCGCUCAAGGCCAUUUGCUCUUGCAAACGACGUCGUUCAGGGGGAUAGUUAAUCGUCUGCCAUCGUCUUUGUCACUGGUCUCUCUCCGAGAAGCCAGAAGCAUAGAGUCGGAAAAAAAUGGCACCCAAAAAGAAGCAACAGAAGCACAACAACAAAGCAAAUUCUUCUUCUUCCAAAUCAAAGUCACAAUCUUCGUCGUCCGGUCCAAGGCUUCAGAUUUCGGCGGAGAACGAGAACCGUUUACGGCGGCUCUUACUAAACUCAGACCGUUCCACCCACCCCGCCUCAGCUGCUUCUGUCCAGGACAAUCUCUCAAAGACCCAAAAAGCUAAGAGACUAAAAAACGUCUACGAGAAGCUCUCAUGUGAAGGUUUCUCUAAUGAUCAGAUUGAACUUGCCCUGACUUCUCUCAAGGAUAAUGCUACAUUUGAGUCUGCUUUGGAUUGGUUAUGCUUGAAUUUACCGGGAAAUGAGCUUCCUUUGAAGUUUUCUAGUGGAAUUUCUUUGCAUACUAACCAAGGUUCUGUUAGUGUUGUAUCAACAGCACGUGGUGAUUGGACUCCUCCAGUCAAUCCUAUCAAGACUGAGGUAGAUGUGCAGCCAGUUUCUGUUAGAAUUAAGGGGCGGUGGGAUGAUGAUGACACUUUGGAUUCACGCCAACCUUCACAAGCAGAUUGGAUUAGGCAAUAUAUGGAACAGCAGGAAGAGGAUGACUCUCAAAUGUGGGAAGAUUAUGCUGUGGAUGGAAGUUUUUCUAACAAGGAUCCUGCUCUGCGGUCUUAUGACAUUAUUGCUAAAGAGUACUAUGCGGCACGAUUAGAAGCCACAAAAGCCAAAGAAGAAGGGGACAAAAAAAGUCAGGAGCAAGCAGGGCAUAUUAUUCGCAAACUCAAACAAGAAUUGUCUUCUCUAGGAUUAUCAGAUGAGAUAUUGGCACAAGAGUUUAGCCAUAAUCGAGGUUUUGGUUCUGGGUCUGAGGGCACAUUAACAAGUACUAUCCCUCAUGAGCAACUUCAGGCAAAAACAUCAUCUAGCACCAUAGGUCAGUCAAACUUUGUUGCGUUCCCCAAGGAAUCACCAGUAAAUGUGCUUGAUAUGGAGAACUCAAGUUCUAAAGAGUUUCCAGAAAAACCUGUUCUGUCUUGCGAAUCUGCUCAGGGAACCAUUGUCAUUGUAGAUGAUGCUAGAGAUGUGGAGCUUGGGGGUUUAUUCUUCGAAGAUGCUGCAUCUAAUGAAGCUUUGCCUCCUGAAGUAUUGGAAUUACAAAAGAAAGAAAAAAUGAGAGAAUUAUCUAGCGGAAAGAAUUUAGAGAAACUAGAUGGCAUCUGGAAGAAGGGAGACCCACAGAAGAUUCCUAAGGCUGUUCUUCACCAACUAUGUCAAAAAUCAGGGUGGGAAGCUCCAAAGUUCAAUAAGAUUCUUGAAAGGAAAAAAGGUUUCUCAUAUUCUGUUAGCAUAUUACGCAAAGCUAGUGGAAGGGGCAAGAGCAGAAAAUCCGGAGGAUUGAUCACACUUCAGCUUCCUGAACAGGAUGAAGCAUAUGAAUCUGCAGAGGAUGCUCAGAACAGAGUUGCAGCAUUUGCUCUUCAUCAACUGUUUCCUGAUAUCCCCAUUCACUUAAUAGUCACUGAUCCUUAUGCUUCUCUUAUAUUGCAGUGGAAAGAAGGGGAAUCAUCAAUAAAAGCAGAAAACACUUUAGAGGAUCGGAAGGCUGGUUUUGUGGAUUGGUUAUUGAAUGCCGAUGGAUCAACUGAGACUGUUGCUACCAGGCUUUCAGAAACAUUAGACAACUCUCAUGUUGAAGAUAUUAACAAUUCAAGAGAUGCUGCUAUUGAUCCAGUAGCAGGGAGAGAAAACCAUACCAGAGAUGUGGAAAGUUCUCAUUUGAGACAGGAGCAAGAGAAGAAAAAGAAAAUGCAGAAAUACAAGGAAAUGUUGAAAACUAGAAGUGCUCUUCCAAUUGCUGGAUUGAAGGAUGAUAUUUUGCAAAUGCUGAAGGAGAACAAUUUUCUUGUUGUGUGUGGGGAAACAGGCUCUGGAAAGACUACUCAGGUUCCACAAUUUAUACUGGAUGACAUGAUUGAAUCAGGACGUGGCGGACAGUGUAACAUUAUAUGUACACAACCAAGGAGAAUAGCGGCUAUUUCUGUGGCUGAAAGAGUUUCUGAUGAGCGAUGUGAAGCCUCACCUGGUUUGAACGGCUCUUUGGUUGGUUAUCAAGUUCGUCUUGAUAGUGCAAGGAGUGAGAAAACAAAGCUUCUCUUUUGUACAACUGGCAUACUUUUGAGAAGGCUAGCGGGGGAUAGAAACUUGACUGGCAUUACUCAUGUCAUAGUUGAUGAGGUUCAUGAGCGGUCUAUUUUGGGUGAUUUUCUUCUUAUUGUUUUGAAGAACCUGAUUGAGAAGCAAUCUGAUCACGGCAAUCCAAAGCUGAAAGUUAUUCUUAUGUCCGCAACGGUUGAUUCAACUUUAUUUUCAAGUUACUUUGGACACUGUCCUGUUCUUACUGCACAAGGCCGUACACAUCCUGUGACAACUUACUUUCUUGAGGAUAUAUAUGAAAGUAUCAACUAUCACUUGGCUUCAGAUUCUCCAGCUGCAUUAAGAUAUGAAACAUCCACAAUUAAUAAGCUGCAGAGUGGUCCUGUGAAUAACCGCAGAGGAAAAAAGAACCUUGUAUUAUCUGGAUGGGGGGAUGAUUCUUUGCUUUCAGAGGACUACGUUAAUCCCCAUUAUGUUUCAAGCACUUAUUGUUCUUAUGGUGAGCAAACACAACAGAAUUUGAAAAGAUUGAAUGAAGAUGUCAUUGAUUAUGAUCUGCUGGAAGACUUGAUUUGCCAUGUUGAUGAAACAUUUGAUGAAGGUGCCAUAUUGGUCUUUUUGCCUGGAGUGUCAGAAAUUUACAUGUUAUUUGAUAGGUUAGCAGCUUCUUAUCGAUUUGGUGGAGAAUCAGCUGAUUGGAUUCUCCCUCUGCAUUCAUCUAUAGCAUCAAUAGAUCAGAAAAAGGUGUUUUUACGACCUCCUGAAAACAUACGUAAGGUUAUUAUUGCAACAAACAUUGCAGAGACAAGUAUAACAAUAGAUGAUGUAGUUUAUGUGAUUGACUGUGGGAAGCAUAAAGAAAAUCGUUACAAUCCUCAGAAGAAAUUAACAAGCAUGGUUGAAGAUUGGAUAUCUCAAGCAAAUGCGAGACAGCGUCGUGGAAGAGCUGGACGUGUUAAACCUGGAACAUGCUUUUGUUUGUACACAUGUCAUAGAUAUGAGAAAGUUAUGCGUCCUUAUCAGGUUCCUGAGAUGCUUCGGAUGCCUUUAGUGGAGUUAUGCUUGCAAAUUAAGAUACUUUCUCUGGGUCAUAUAAAGCCAUUUCUAUCAAAGGCUUUGGAACCUCCCAAGGAUGAGGCAAUGACCUCUGCGAUUUCAUUGUUAUAUGAGGUUGGUGCUUUAGAAGGUGACGAGGAAUUGACACCUCUUGGGCAUCAUUUAGCAAAACUUCCUGUUGAUUUAUUGAUUGGAAAGAUGAUGCUGUAUGGUGCAAUAUUCGGUUGCUUAUCACCUAUUCUCUCGAUUUCUGCAUUUCUUAGCCAUAAAUCACCUUUUGUCUACCCGAAAGAUGAGAGGCAAAAUGUUGAAAGAGCAAAGCUAGCUUUGCUGACUGAUAAGCUAGAUGGCUCAAGUGAUUCAAAUGAAAGUGACAGGCAGUCUGACCACAUUGUGAUGAUGGUUGCAUAUAAGAAAUGGGAGAAAAUUCUGAAUGAGAAGGGAGUUAAAGCUGCGCAGCAAUUUUGCAGUUCUUAUUUUUUAAGCAGUUCGGUUAUGUUCAUGAUAAGAGACAUGAGGAUACAAUUUGGAACGCUGCUAGCAGACAUUGGGUUUAUUAACGUUCCAAAAAAAUAUCAGAAUCUUGGAAAAAACAAAGAGAAUCUUGGUAGUUGGUUGUCGGACAAAUCACAGCCAUUCAAUAUGUAUUCACAUCAUUCCUCAAUUGUGAAGGCAAUUUUAUGUGCAGGUUUAUACCCAAAUGUGGCUGCCACUGAACAAGGCAUUACCACAACAGCUAUCAACAGCCUUAAACAGUCCAGUAGCCCUGCAAUAAAGGGUCAUCCAGUCUGGUAUGAUGGAAGAAGAGAGGUUCACAUACACCCUUCUUCAAUCAACAGUAAUUUAAGAGCGUUUCAGCACCCAUUCCUCGUCUUCCUUGAAAAGGUUGAGACCAACAAAGUCUUUCUGCGGGACACGACAAUCAUAUCUCCCUUCUCUAUCUUGCUAUUUGGUGGCGUCAUUAACAUUCAACAUCAGACAGGACUUGUUACUAUAGAUGGAUGGCUAAAGCUAGCGGCUCCAGCCCAAUCUGCUGUCUUGUUUAAGGAGCUCCGAUCAGCUCUUCAUUCUCUAUUGAAGGAACUUAUUCAAAAACCAAAGAAUGCAAGUAUUGUUGAGAAUGAGGUCAUCAGAUCUAUGAUUCAGCUGCUGUUAGAUGAAGACAAACCCUUGUCAUAAGUUACAAAGCAACAGACUUUGCAACCAUCUUUGCUGGUCAUUACAUAUCACUACAGGCUACAGCAGCGACACCGUUUCUCCCUAAUCAUGACAUAAGACAUGAAGUUCAGUAUUGAGGAUGCAUGAUCAACUUCAUUAUAGCAUGCUUCACAGUUCAUAUCAUAUACCUUCCAUUUAGAACCAAAAAUUUCGUAAGAAAUCAAUUAUUUUCUUGGGAUUAUCUUAUUUAAAAUAAAAGAAUUUAGUUCUUUUAAUUUGAAAAAUGUCAAUUAUGCACAAAGAUAAAAUCAUGCAUGAUCAUAUAAGAAUUCAUCUGAAUUCUUAUCUUGUAAACUCAUUCAUGACAAAUAUAAGGAUAAAGAAAUAGUCAAAGCCUAAGCAGAAGGCUUGACAAGUUAUCCAUGGUGCUAUACAUGUAUUCUCGUUUGGAUCUAAUUGAGUAUGUUGCCCAUGAACAUCA